UACCAUUGCCCGGCCCCUACCAGGGCUGCUGGAAUGGGGAUACACGGCAAGGUGAAAAUUGUAAUUUUGGAGCCGAACCAGAAAAACCCUAGAAAACUUUCUAUAAAACCUCACACCACCUCCUUCAGCAUGCGGCGUCGCAGAUCCUGUUCCCUCCAAGAUGUCGAAGCGAGGACGAGGAGGUUCUGCCGGAAAUAAAUUCCGGAUGUCACUGGGUCUCCCAGUGGCAGCGACGGUCAACUGUGCAGACAACACAGGCGCGAAGAACCUCUAUAUAAUCUCUGUUAAGGGAAUUAAGGGCCGCCUCAACCGUCUUCCCUCUGCUUGUGUUGGGGACAUGGUGAUGGCCACUGUCAAGAAAGGGAAGCCUGAUCUCAGAAAAAAGGUCAUGCCUGCUGUCAUUGUGAGGCAGCGGAAGCCAUGGCGCAGAAAGGAUGGCGUCUAUAUGUACUUUGAAGAUAACGCUGGAGUAAUUGUUAAUCCAAAGGGGGAAAUGAAAGGUUCUGCCAUCACAGGACCUAUUGGGAAGGAAUGUGCUGAUCUGUGGCCCAGGAUUGCCAGUGCAGCCAAUGCUAUUGUGUAGCGCUGAGGCUAGCUAUAUUAAUUAUGUAGUUCUUUGGCUUGAUUGUUAUGAAAAGAAUUUAAGUUGGCCGUCCCGACUGCUCCUAGAGGGAAUUUCUUUUACUACCGUUGCUUUGACCAAGGGACGGCUUGUCUUAACUGAGACUCUGCGUUCUGUGUUCCCAUCGGAAUCGCCCGUUAUAGAUAAGUUGGCAUUACAGGAUAAUGGGCUUGUGAUUGGGUGAAUGAUAUGUUUGUUGAUCCUCUAACAAGUAAUCUCCGAUUCAUUCCAGGAUAAUGGGCUUGUGUUUGGUUGAAUGAUAUGUUUGUUGAUCC